UAUUUACAGUAUAAAUCCUGGCGAUGACUAUAACAGUUAGUAUUCAACAGGCCGCCCGUUUGAAACCGAUAACGGCGCAUUCACAAAAGUUGGCAUAACCAGGAAGUACUGAGGUGUCAUGUGACUGGAAGAAAAAGAUGGCUGCUGUGCAGUGGCGAUCCAGCGGACGCAGCUAUGACGCCGAGCUGCAGAGAUGUCGUCCCGAGGCUGCUCCGGUCCACUUUGGAGACUACCAUCCCCUCAAACCCAUCAUGGUGACCGACACGAAGACCCACCGCGGGGCUCGUAAAGGCAGCACCUCCUCGUCUUCCUCGUCUUCCUCCUCGGUGGCCCCGGACCCCCUCAGCUCCAUGAUGGAUGGGACCGACCCCCUCUCCAUGUUUGCGGCGGCCUCGGUCGUCGAGGCUCCCGCCAUGUCGCACAGCGCCUCCACUGGGGACCUGGGGAGGAAGAGGAGGGAGAAGGAGGAAGAAGCGGUCGGACCAGACUUUGAACCCUGGUCGUCGAAACGCGGGGAGAUCCUGGCCCGGUUCACCACCACGGAGAAGCUCUCGAUUAAUCUCUUCAUGGGUUCGGACCGAGGAAAAGACCCGAGUCCGGGAUCCUCCGCCGUUUCCGAGAAAGUGCGGACUCGCCUGGAGGAGCUGGACGACCUGGAGGAGGGUUCCCAGAAGGAGCUGCUGAACCUCUCCCAACAGGAGUACGCCAACCGCAUCGAGGAGCUGAACCAGUCCCUGAAGGAGGCCUGGGCCUCGGAUCAGAAGGUCAAAGCCCUGAAGAUCGUCAUCCAGUGCUCCAAGCUGCUGUCCGACACCUCGGUGAUCCAGUUCUACCCCAGCAAGUUCGUCCUCAUCACGGACAUCCUCGACACGUUUGGCCGGUUGGUGUACGACAGAAUCUGGACCAUGUGUUCUGACCCUCGACCCCUGACAGACUUGUUCACAGUGGAUGACGUGAACGACACGGCCAAGGAGACGUGUCUCAACUGGUUCUUCAAGAUCGCGUCCAUCAGGGAGCUCCUGCCCCGACUAUACGUCGAGGCCGCCAUCCUCAAGUGCAACCGCUUCCUGAACAAAUGCGGUAUCCCGGAGACGCUCCCUCGGCUGACGGCCAUGAUCCGAGGCAUCGGAGACCCCCUGGUGGCGGCGUACGCCAGAGCGUACCUCUGCAGGGUGGGCAUGGAAGUGGCCCCCCACCUGAAGGAGAGCCUGAACCGCAACUUCUUCGACCUGCUGGGCAGCUUCCGGCAGAUCGGCGGCGAGAGCGUCCAGCAGCAGCUGGUGCUGCAGAGGGUGGAGCUGCCCGAGUACCUGACGCUCUACUCGCCCGCCGUCAACUGGAUCCUGCAGUGCAUCGCCUACCGAGCUCCAGAGCCGCUGCUCACGGAGAUGACGGACAGAUGCAAGAAGCUGGGCAACAAUGCUUUGCUGCUGAACUCCGUCAUGAGGGCCUUCAGGCCGGAGUUCGUCGCCGCCAGAGCCACCGACUUCAUCGGCAUGAUCAAGGACUGCGACGAGGCCGGAUUCCCAAAGCAUCUGCUGUUCGGGUCUCUGGGUCGUAGUCUGGCCUGCGCCGACCCCCCAGAACCCGAAAGGCUGGCGAUCCUCAACGAGGCCUGGAAGGUCGUCACCAAAGUCCGCAGCCCCCAGGACUACGUCAUCUGCGCUGAGAUCUGGGUGGAGUUCACCUGCCGACACUUCUCCAAACGCGAGGUGAACACCGUCCUGGCCGACGUCAUCAAACACAUGACCCCCGACCGGGCGUUCGAGGACGCUUACCCUCAGCUGCAGUCGGUGAUCAGGAAGAUCCUCACCUACUUCCACGACUUCUCCAUCCUCUUCUCCAUGGAGCGCUUCCUGCCGUUUCUAGACAUGUUCCAGAAGGACAGCGUGAGGGUGGAGGUGUGCCGAUCCAUCAUGGAGAUCUUCAUCAGACACCAGGAAGAGCCCAGCAGAGACCCGGUCAUCCUCAACGCCAUGUUGCACAUCUGCAAGACCAUGCACGACUCUGUCAACGCUCUCACUCUUGAGGACGAGAAAAGAUCUUUGGCUCUGCUGAUCAUCGGCUUCAUCCGCAUGGUGUCUUUUGGACGGGACUUCGAGCAGCAGUUGAGUUUCUGCGUGGAGGCCCGAGCCACCUUCUGUAACCUGGAGUCGGUGCUGGUGCAGCUUAUUCACACGGUGAACCAGCUGGCGAUGGAGACCAGCCGGGUGAUGAGAGGGAGCCACUCCCGCAAAACGGCGGCCUUCGUCAGGGCGUGCGCCGCCUACAGUUUCAUCACCAUCCCGUCUCUCAGCAGCAUCUUCAGCCGUCUCAGCCUCUACCUGCUGUCCGGCCAGGUCGCGUUGGCCAAUCAGUGUCUCUCCCAGGCGGACGCUUUCCUGAAGGCGGCGGUCGGUCUCCUCCCGGAGGUUCCUCGCUCCAUCAGCGUCGAGGGGAAACUUCGCCCGUCAGAGAGCUUCCUGAUGGACUUCAUCAACAACUUUCUGUCCACCCUGCUGGUCGUCCCGGACCAUCCAGAGCACGGCGUGCUCUACCUAGUCCGCGGUUUGCUCAACAUGGUCCAGGAUUACACGUGGGAGGACAACAGCGACGCCAAGAUGCGGGUCUACAUCAGCGCGCUGCCCCUGCUGGCUGCCAUGAGCCAGGAGAGCUACCUCUACUCCAUCCCUAAAGUGGACUCCAACGAGACGCUUUAUGGAGGAGACCCCAAGUUUCUAUCGGAGAUCAACAAGCUGUCCGAGACUCUGGUCGGACAGAUCCUGGACCACCUGAAGACCCUCGGUCGGGACGAGAGCACGCGGCGUCAAGGAGCGCUGGCCUUCUCCCUGUUCGGCGUGUUGCUGGCUCACGGAGACCUGAGGAACAACAAGCUGAGCCAGCUGGCUGUCAACCUGUGGAACCUCAGCCACAAACACGGCUACUGCGAGACUCGAGUCUCGGUUCGAACCCUGGAAUGCAUCAAACACCAGGCCCGGCAGGCCGACAUGACCCACCUGUCGGACACGGUCCAGAGACUCGCCCUUCAGUCCCGCACCUGAAACCUCCUGUAUCAUGUUUGUGUAAAUAAAAGAGAAGCAGAAGCAGACGGAAGAAGAAACCAAUUUAGUUUGCGUCUUCUGGAAUACGAUUAGAUUUUGCAUUCGGCUCUGAAUUAUUACGAUUUAGUUUUGACCGUUUCAAAUAAACCUAAUUACAUCAAUUAUAGACUGAAGUUACAGAAAGUUAUUCUUGUGCCACAAUUCUUUGUUAAUGCCAUUGUCAAGCCUAAUAAUAGUAAAUAACUACUUGCACAUUGUUUUCUAUAUAUAUAUAUUAUAUAUAUAUAUAUACACAAUACCUAAUGUUCAUGUGCAUUGUAUAUAACAUGUGAGUGUAAGAAAGUACAAGUAAGGGGUCAUGUUUAUAUUUAUUGUUGAAAAGAUUUGCAGCAUCAAGAAUGAGUUCAUAUCUGUUUGGUGUAAAGCCUCAAAAAUAAGCGUGUCAUUAAUGUGUAUCAGUGUUAUACCGAAUCAAUGGAAUACAAUUAUAAUGAAGUAGUUACAUGUUAUUACAGUAGCCCGUCGUCAUAGGGAGAGCGGGGUAAUGUGGGACAUCGGGUAAUGUGAGACACCCCCUGUAUCUAGGCAAAGGAACCCAUUUGUGGUAAUGUGAGAAUUAUGUUUUCAAGCCCCUCCCAUUCCCCCCUUGCCAUGAAAAAGAAGUGGUGCUGGUGCUGUGUUAAGUAUGUUUUUUCACAAAAAUUAGUUUUUUGCAUGUAAAAGUAAAUUUUCCUGCUGUGAACUAAAUCAACUUUUGUGUCAAAACAAAUUGAUUUAGGUAGAAAACCAUAUAUCAUACAUGUCGAUGAACCUCUAACAUAUACAACCAUGUGAUUGAUGCGAGCUGAAGAUUAGCCUGAAUGGCUAAGAUAUGUUGUUUUUUCUCAAAUAGUGGCUGUGGGGUAAAGUGAGACAAAUGUUAUGGGGUAAAGUGAGACAGUUUACCCCAAGUUAAGUUUAGUCUUAAAGAUAUUUGAGUGUAAUAUUACAUUAAUUAUGUUGUAUUUGUAAUAUCAUAAACAUUGUAGGAAAGCCAUCAUGCCAAGAAACGACACCAGGAAGACAACAUGGGGCCAAACACCCCUUGCAGAGAUGGAGAGUGCAGCCGCUGAGGUCAUGCAAGGACAUGCACUACCGUUCAAAAGUUUGGGGUCACUUAGAAAUGUAUUUAUUUUUCAAAGAAAAGCACUGUUUUUUCAAUAAAGAUAACAUUAAUCAUAAAUACCCUCUAUACAUUGUUAAUGUGGUAAAUGACUAUUCUAGGUGGAAACGUCUGGUUUCUAAUGAAAUAUCUCCAUAGGUGUAGAGAGGCCCAUUUCCAUCAACGAUCACUCCAGUGUUCUAAUGGUACAUUUGCUAAUCGCCUUAGAAGACUAAUGUCUGAUUAGAAAACCCUUGUGACAUUAUGUUAGCACAGCUGAAAACAGUUAUGCUGGUGAUAUAAGCUAUACAACUGGCUUUCCUUACUACUUCAAAUGUUAAUCAUUAUUUCUAACCUUGUCAAUGUCUUGACUAUAUGUUCUAUGAAAUGUUCAAUUCAUUUAUAAAUAAAAGUGAGUUUUCAUGGAAGACACGAAAUUGUCUGGAUGACCCCAAACUUUUGAACGGUAGUGUAAGUCCUUAAGAAAAGCUGGAAGGGAUAGAAAUAUUGACAAGACAACCCUCGAAAGAUUUAUAAAGAAAAAUAGAAAGGGGAAGUAAAAUCAGUAUCCUGGGGUGCAGUAGCUGAGGCAAAGAGAAUAUUUACAGAUGAGAUGGAGGAGGAGCAAACACUUGAAACAACGAGCUGACCAGUUCCAUGGCCUUGCUCCCGUUGAUUGCCGUGAACUGGCAUAUGAGUUCUAAUCUAACUGGUUCUAUCUGUCAUUUGAUUGUUAAUUAAAACAUUUUGCAUUAUAUUUUGUUGUAGCUAUAGGAUUUUGUUCGGAGUUACUUUCAAGUGUUUAAAUAAAUGUGCUUAAUUGAU